UCCGAUGCAAUCUGAAUUUUGUUUUAUAAAGAUCUUCCGCCAAGGCUUGCCCUUCCCUCACAGCAAUAGCUUCCAGCGUACUUGCUUCAGUGAUGAACUUGAUUUUUAAUCCUGAAGCUCCUAAGAACCUGCCCAUGUGGUCUCUUGUGUGUCCGUCAGCGCAACGCAGCUGCCAUUUCCAGUAUCCACCCCGCGCCGGCGCCGCGCUCCUCCCCCGCUCGAACUGCUCGUCUACUAGCGGCGCCGCCCUCUCGCUCCCGGACACAACGAGCUCCGGCGGCCCCGGAAGAAGACCGAGGACUCCGAGGGGAGUGGAAGCCAGGGGCAGGGCCUGGCUGCGGGAGCCGGGAGACGACGGUCGGCGCUGACUUGCGCCGGAUAUCAGUAACCGCCUGCUCCUGGAUUCCAGAUUCGAGCUCGGCUGAUGCUGCCUACUCGAUUCCCAGAUUUCGAAUGCUAGAUUCCCCUUUUUUCUCCUGUUUUUGCUGAUUCUUUUCUUCCGCUCCAGCAGGGCGCGCCACCUGUUCGACGGAAUGCACAAGAAGACAGCGGCGAGCGGCAAGUGUCACUUCGGCGACCUCACCGACGACCUCCUCCGGCACGUUCUGCCUGCGGCUGAUGCUCUGCAGACUUGCGUGCUCGACACCCGAUGAUGAUAAUGAAGAAGAUGAUGAUAAUGACAUUGAGUAUGACCCACUAGUACUCGAUGUGCCUCUCAUCUCCCAGCACUUGAAGAUCCUACACCUUAAUCGGGUUGACCUAAAACGCUCCACUCUGAAUUUCUCGCGCUGCUCGGUAUUGGAGGAACUAGAGAUGCAAGAUUGCUACAUUGAUGCACGCAGGAUAUCUUCCAAAUCGCUAAAGCGUCUCUGCAUUACCGACUUUUGUUCCUUCCCUACAAAGUUUCACAUUCGGAUAUUUGCUCCGGGUCUUAUCUCACUGCAACUUGAUAAUUUUGAUGGCUUGACCCCUUCCCUUGAAUACAUGCCAUCUCUAGAAACAGCUUACAUUUGGCUUGACAAUGAUUGCUAUCAUUUGUGUCGUGGUAGCUGGCAGGACUAUGACCUUGAUGACUGCAGUUGUCAUGCUUAUCCCGUUGAUGAGGGUGUGCUUCUCCAUGGUUUGUCCAAUGCUGUUAAUUUGGAGUUGAUAGCUGAUAUUUACACUGACAUGUUUAUCUACAGCUGGGAUUUAAAAUACUGCCCAGUAUUUGACAAACUAGAGACCCUAUUAAUCAAUGAGUGGUUUACGACUAUUGACCUACUGUGCAUUCUCCAACACUCUCCAAUUCUUGAGACGCUCACUCUUCAGCUUGGUGACACUAAGGAACUUGUUAGAGCAACGGGAGCACAAGAAAAGAUCGAACAAUCAUUUGUGUGCUCGAACCUUAAGCUUGUCAACAUUGAAUGUACAAAGGUUGAUGAGGGAGUUGACAAGAUUUUGAAGAUCUUGAGUACAUGUGGCAUACUUCGUGAUCAAAUUAGCAUCACGGAGCAAUGGCCUUACUCAGACCGUUUCAGUUUCCAGAAGCCUUUGCCGCUGCUUCCAUCUACUGCAGCAUUAGUUGCAGUUUCCACCAGCGACGACAUCUGAGAGCUGAGAUGCAAUGCGUGCUUGCGUGUGAUGUUGGUCUAAAGCCUUUUGUGGCUCUCUGAAUAAGAAUGCGAUGGUGGUCCUGGUGGCUGUUAUCGCCACAUUUAGUUUCUAGCUUUCUAUCUUUUGGUGAUGUGCUAGAAAAUGGUUUGUUGGCUGUGUGGUGCAACUCAGCAAAAUGUUUUGCAGUUCGUUGAAGUCGUAAGAGCAACUCUAAUGGGGCGACCCAUUUCGUGCGCCCGCGUCCGUUUGGGUUGGCGCGAACAAAAGUGGCGGCCCAACGCGCCGACCCAAACUCAAAUUGUGUUCGCCCGGCGUCCGCGCCGACCCAUUUCCGGCCCAAAAUUGCGCUUGGAAUGCGUUGGCGCGGACGCGCCGCGCGUCUCCUCGCCGUCCGCCGCGUCCCACCUGGCGGCCACCCAACCACCACCGAUCGUCUUAUUUAUGAUGAGCACCGACAGCGGGCCCACGC